AACCUUAUCAAAUGAAAGUGACAUUCAAUCCUUUGGUAUUUCAGAUGUGCGCGAGAGGACCUGCGGGUGGUCACUGAAAUGCAAUAGAUUUUCCCGCGGACGUGUGUGGGAAAUAAUGGCGGCCCGUCUGCCUAUCCUGGACUGGUUACCUAAAUAUCAACCUCGGCAAGCUUUCUUAGGUGACCUCAUCGCCGGCCUGACCGUUGGUGUGAUGGCCGUCCCUCAAGGUGAGAAAACUGAUAGAAUGGCCUACGCCAUGCUGGCCCACCUGCCCCCCAUCACGGGCCUGUACGCGGGUGUCAUCUCCGGCCUGGUGUACAUGCUGCUGGGCACGUCACACCACAUCUCCUUUGGCGUGGUGGGUUCGUUGGGCGUGCUGACGGCGAAGGCAAUCGGGAAUGUGGUCACCUACGAGACUGUGCCUGGUUCUGCUGCCGCUCCACUCAGCACCACCCUCUCCACGACGGCCACUCUCGCCCAGGGUUUGCAGAACUUCACCGCCGAUGGCAACAGCACAAGCGACCAUUCUGGCUACAGCUCAGUGGAGAUGGUGGUGGUGCUGGCCCUGCUUACCGGGCUGUGUAUGCCAAGAUGUUUAAGAUGUUGCUCCUCUCGCGUGCAGAUGCUGAUGGGAGUGCUGCAGCUGGGCCAAGUGUUCUCAGUGCUCCUCUCCCACAUGAUCGUCUCCGCCUUCACCACCAGUGUCGCCUACGACAUCCUGUUUUCCCAGCUGAAGAGCCUCUUGGGGAUCCCUCUGCCCCGCUACACUGGCGCCUUCAAGAGCUUCUAUGUAAGUCCCUCCAGCGCUGUCUUGGCGGCACUGAACGCGGUGUUAAUGUCGGUCCUCAGUAAAGCGGGGCGUGAUAUGCACGAGAGUCAUAACGGAGUAGGCGGAGCAGGGCAGGAAGAACGUGAUGGUGGUGGAGGAGGCCUCGCCUUGCUGACUGCUAACCCAACGGUGGUGGGGGUGUCCGCGUUGUGCAUCACCCUGCUGGUGGCUAAUAACGAGAUCCUGAAGCCCCGCCUCAAGAAAGUGUGUCCCGUGCCAGUGCCGGUGGAACUCGUGGUGAUGGUAGUCGGGACGGUGGUGAGUCAUGUGCUGAACCUGGAGGAAGAGCAAAACGUCACCGUCAUCGGCCACGUCCCCAAAGGGUUCCCCACCCCAUCCGUGCCUCAUCUGGAGCUGGUGCCACAGCUGCUGGCCCACUCCUUCAUCAUCGCCGUGAUCGGGUACGUCUCCGCAAUCUCCAUGGCCAAGAUCAUAGCCAAGAGGAAAGGUUACGUCAUCCAGGCAACUCAGGAGCUGUUCGCUCAUUUUUCUUUCCAUGUACAAGAUAUUCUUUUAUUUGAUCUUACGUUUUCUUCAUUACAUUACGUUCAGAUUCAAGACUGUUUCCUCUGGCAGGGCAUCACCAACUUCGUCGGGUCUUUCUUCUCCUGCGCACCGGUGUCAGUCUCCCUGUCGAGGUCGGUCAUCCAGGAGGAGGUGGGAGGCGUCACUGGACUCGCCUCACUCUUCUCCUGCUCUGUCUUGAUGAUAAUGCUGUACUCCAUCGGGCCGCUCUUCAGUGCACUUCCCAACUGCGUGCUGUCCGCCGUCAUCCUGGUGUCUUUCAAGGGCCUCUUUCUGCAAGUAAAGGAUCUGGCCAAGCUGUGGUCGUCCUCUCGCCUCGACGCCGCCAUCUGGCUGGCCACCUUCGUGGUGAGUGUGGUGGUGGGCCUGGACUACGGCCUCCUGGCGGGCCUGGCGGCCUCGGCGGUGGUGCUGCUCCUUCGCUCACAGCGACCGCCAGCCCUCCACCUCGGCCACGUGCCCUUCACCGAUCUUUACCUCGACCUGAACACCUACCACAAGGCGGUGAAGGUGCCCGGCGUGAAGAUCUUCCAGUUCGGCGGGCCGCUCCACUUUGGCAACGCCUCUUACUUCCAUUCAAGCCUCUUCUCCGUCACUGGCCUGGACCUUGCCGCCGCCAAGCCUGCCGCCACCACCACGGUGCCGCUCAUGGACACACGCCAGUCUGAGGUACGUCUUAAAACUUUUUUCUUUGGUUUGUGUGUGCACAUGCUAUACGUAUAUCUAUGAAUAGGUUCAGUGCAUUGCUAAAUGGUACACAUUUGACGUCUGUCUUUUAGGUCGAUAAGGAGGCGCUGUUUGCCGUCACAGUCAACUCUGAACUCAAUCAUCCAGCGACAGUCACAUGCAGCAAUGCUGGCGUGGGGAGGUGGUGCAUCAGGCAUUCCUGUGCUGGCCAAGAUGACUUCAGCUCGUUCUACGACACGGGGAGCGACGAAACACAUGAAAGUGGCGCUAGUCAGGCCAGCACGAGUCACACUGAUGUAAGCCAAGACGACACGAGUCACAGCGACACUGAAAACGACGAUACAGGCAGCGAUGCGCGUGUGCACUGCGACCUUGACCAGGACAACACAAGUCAAGAAAGAGUCAGUCGAGUCUCCACACAAGACACAGCCAGUGACUCGCUGUCCAUUCACAAACCCACAGAUGUAACUCUAAUCAACAUGGAGGAUGAGGCAGCGAAAGAU